AGAGUUCCCAGAAAUCCUCAGUGCCAGCUCCUGCAAUGUCAUCCUUCAAAGGAACCCGAGCUCAGAAGAAAAGGUUGUCUGCGUUUGCCAAGGGACCGCUGGAGGUUCCAUCUCCAACAGAGGCAGACUGGCCUAAGGAUGAUGAAAAGGAUUUUGCCUUCCUGGACAUGGAUCAAGACCUGGAUUCCCUGCCUCAGCCUUACCGAAUGAUCAACAAGGUGGUGAACCACCUGUUCGACCUGUCGUGGGAGGUCAUCGAAGAGAGAGAAGCUUUAAGGGAAAUCGAGAAAAACCGGAUCCUGCCCACCAUCUACCCUCCAGUUACAGAAAUCCAGCUCAACAAAAUGCCUGGUGGUAUGGCUGUCUCGCAAGACUACCUGUUUAUUGGAGGAGCCAAAGGAUUCUCAAUCUAUAAUCUGCACAAUUCCAAAAGAAUGUAUGUUUGGGAGAAGUUCAAGGUUGAUGUUGUUUCCAUCUGGGCCACAGAUGUGGGGAAUGAAGUGCUUAUUGUUCCUGUGGAUGAAAUGGGUAUUGUGAGAUUGUUUUACUUGUAUAAGGACAGCCUUUUUCUCAUCAAAGCCAUCAAUGAAAUGGAUGACGCCAGCAAGCAAAGCACCUGUAUAAAGAUGGAAAUCUCUCAGAGUGGGGAUUACGCAGCGUUCCUCCUCCAAGGAGCUGGGGAUACUUGGCUGGAAGUAUAUAAGUUGCCCAAGGAGAUUUGGCUAAAGGAAGUGGAGCACCCCCAAUCAGCUGUAAAUCAGAAGAAAAAAACCAAACAGCUGCAACUGAGUACUCCUGACUCUGCUGUUACAGAAAAUGUAGAAAUGAGCUUGGGACCACGUCUAAGCCCUUGUGCAACCCAGGACUUAAACAUUUGUUUUAAAAGUGAUAUUAAGUUGAGUUCUCCAGUUUAUUUAAUGAAGAUUAAACCACCUAAGCCCAUAGCAGGCACCACAUUUAAAAGCCCCUUGGAAAUCUUUUCCAAGUUAGAGGACUACUGUGGGCUAGGCUCUGGGCAGAAUCACUUCAUCAAGGAUGUGCAGUGGGAGCAACACAUGGAGAUCUUCUCUGCCUCCUACAAGAAGUACCUGGAAGGGGAGUGGGAAGAGGAGCCACUCAGCAUGGCCACCUUCCAUUUCAUCUAUACUAACUGCUUAACCACAACACCAGUGGAUGUCAAGAGCUCUUCAGGAGGAGCCUGUAUCCUUGGCAUACACUGGACCGGAGGCCACAACUUCUUCCUCUAUGCACUGAACAAAAUUCUGAAGGAUAAAACUGACUACGAGAAUGUGUGGCCCUGCGCUGCACCCAUUGUGAUAUCUCAGACCAGCAGCUUCUCCUCCUUCCUGGCCCUUGCCUGCGAGGAUGGUGUGCUCAUUCUGUGGGACCUGGCCCAAGGAUUUCUCUUUGGGGUCAUUGCUCUGCCUGAGGGGUGUUUCUGCCAAAGUAUUCACUUCCUACGGUUCUUCCUGGUGCACAAAGGACAGAAUGUGUAUCCUGAAGGCCCGGUGAAAUCUGAAAUCAUGUGUGUAGUGCUGUGCACGAAUGCUUCGCUACACCUGGUGACAGCCAGCGGGACCAGAGGACCCACCAGCAAGGUGCUUGUUGAGAGUUCUUUGAAACAUGUGGAAGAAUCCAUCUGUGAAGUGGCCCCAGUCCCAGCUCUGCCUGGCAUGGUACUAAUCUUUUCCAGCAACCAUUCUGUGAGCCUUAUGGAUGUGGCCAAGGCUGAAGUCAUCUGUGCCUUUGCAUCCCCUAUAUACCACCAACAGGGGAUGUCCUGGAAACCACUGUUUGUUGUGUCUCCACACCAUCCAUGUUUUCUGCUUCAUGGAACCCAUCCAGAUGGUGGUGCCACAGAUACUGAAGAUGCCAAGAAUACCUCGAAUUCUGUUUUCUACUUUAAUUUUGAGGAUUACCCACUCCUGAAAGAUAUAUCCAAAAAUUGCACCAUUUCUCAAAAGGACCUGGAAAGUAACCAGGCCUUCCCCCAGGUGCUGCCACUGGAGAAAAGAUGUGAGCAGUUCCUCCAGAAGAGCUUCCAAAAGCUGGUGAAGACCCAGAUGAAAGGGCACGAGCAGUGGACGCGACUGCGGAAGUACUCCUUUAUUCUCCAGAAAGAAAACUUAAAGAAGUGACCACCCUGGA